UGUUCAAACGAGUAUCGGUCCAAUAUUACUAAAUACACCCCUAAUCCAUAUAUUAUACUUUCAUGCUGGGGCCUAACGUAGGGCAAGUGUGUCGUAUCCUUGGUUGCGAAAGUGUAUCAAGUGUCCAAUCCCGCGCAGAUUUAUAUACGCGCUCAGGACACAAAACGCCACAGUGCUUUAGACCACACGAUAAGCGCACGCGACAGUCAUGUACGCCAAGUUAUUUAUCUUAUGCUGCGCGUGCGCCGUGGCGACAGCAGCACCCGGUAUUCUGGAUGGUGGCUAUGGUGGUCUAUCUUACGGAUCCCUGGGAUCUUUAGGACUGGGACUGGGACACUCCAUCGCUGCUGCCCCAGUAGCUGUGGCUGCACCAGUCAUCAAGACCUACGCUGCACCAGUCGUUAAAGCUGUUGCAGCUCCGGUGGUACAGGCAGAACCUAUUGACCCGAACCCCGCCUACAGCUACGCUUAUGGUGUAGCUGACCCCUCAACUGGUGACCAAAAGGAAGCCAAGGAGACCCUCCAGAAUGGUGUGGUUCACGGAUCCUACAGUCUGGUGGAGCCCGACGGUCACGUCAGGAAAGUUACAUAUACUGCCGACAAAAUAAACGGCUUCAACGCCGUCGUUGAAAGAAGUGGUGCCAGCCACGCUGCACCCGUCGCCAUUGCUGCCCACGCGCCUGUAGCCUUGGCCGCUCCCGUCGCUGUUGCUGCGCCUGUUGCCAAACUCAGUCUGGGCUCAAUCGGCCACCCAUGGCGCUAGUCAUUAACUUAAAAACUCUCUUGCUGCUUCGCUGACUGACAAACGGCCUGACACUUCUGCUCUUUAGACGGGUUGAGUUAGGAGACUGGGUUUUACCAGUACAUCACUAUUUCAAACUUUAGUUUAGAGACGAAGGUGAAGCUGAUAAGGCACACAGUAAAAAAUAUGAAUGUAGUUUUUUUAUCGGAAUGGGAUAGACAAACUGAUUGCUACCAUUUUCUGCUGUGUAGGAUUGGUUCAAAUAAGUUUUGUGUUUUGGUUUAGUAUUUUUAAUGGCAAUGGUUUUGUAAAAUGGUUUAAGGGUAUGUUCCCACAUGUAAUGUGUUUGUUAAGACAGCGAUUCAGUAAGGUCGACCUCGCCCGUGCGCCGAAUGUAACUCUCCUAUUGUUUAUUUAUUUAGUUCUACUUUGACUGUUGCUACGGACUUGAUCUUGACGCGUUGUAUUACAUAAAUGUAAAUAUAAUGUGUACUUUAGUUGAUAAAUAAAAAAACCAUUUUACGGUA